AUGCGUCAUGUUUUUGAGACACGGAAACGAGAUGAGGAGGCCUGGGAGAGAGACGCAGAGAUCAUGGCAGCGGCUCAGUGGAUCCUCUGGCACGGCCAGACCAUGUUCAAGUUCAUCAUCUACAAUGACGACAGCAGUAAAGACGAUGCGCGUAACAAAAACCAUGGAUUAUACAAAGUCGGCGAUGACCUUGGUGGUACUGAGACCUUUCUGCCACGUUCCGUUGAGCGGUGGCGCUACUGGAAGGCGCGCUUUGAAGCAGUUGAUAACUUGCCGGCUACAGAUGAGUGCAAAACGCUCGCCGCACGCUCAGCCCGGAUGAUGGGCGCUUUGGAGGAUAACAUGUUGUUUUAA